CCUUCCCUCUAACUCUCUCUCUCUCCCUCUCCCGCCCGCGGUAAAUCGUAAAAAUCUGCCGAUUAGAUCCGCCAGCAGCACCACUGGUAUUUCCGUUAUUAAACCCAAACCCAUGGCUCAAUUUUUCCCACCAGCGGACAAGGAUACUCUCCCACUCUGAUGACAGACACUGAACUCCAUCAGACCGCUAUUUGAUUCCCCAGCUGAAUCACAAACGCCCUCUCUCUCUCCCCGUUUGUCCUUACCGCCGUCGUUAAAACCGCCACCUCCCGCCGCGGUUUCCAUUUCAGUUCGCGGACACGACGCCGUAUCGGACGUCAUCCAUGUGACAGUCCGUUACUGUACGGUAGUACGCGAGAGCUUGAAGAAACUGCCAACUGUUAAAACGACGCCUGACUGCGAUCGACUGAUAUCUUUAACCCUAAAUGAGUCGUCGGGGCUCCUGCAGCUGAGACGAUGGGGUGCGUUUUGGGCACGGAGGCCGCGUCUGCCGGGAGUACUCGGGGUUCCGGUGAAGCUCGGCGUCGUCGCCGGAGCAUCGAGGAGCCAUCCGGCGCCACCGAGCGAGUUGCGGCGGUUAGGGCCGAUAAAAAGGAGGUGGUAGCGAGGCAGAGGGCGGAUAGAGCCAAUCACACUGGCGAUUUCCCGGCGAUCGAGCGGCGGAAGCCUUCCCCGGCGAACCAGGAAGGUUGGCCGUCGUGGCUCUUGGCCGUCGCCGGCGACGCGAUCCAGGGAUGGACCCCUCGGCGCGCCAACACGUUCGAGAAGCUCGCUAAGAUUGGGCAAGGGACUUAUAGCAAUGUGUAUAAAGCAAGGGACUUGAUUAGUGGUAAGAUAGUGGCAUUAAAGAAGGUUAGGUUUGAUAAUUUGGAGCCAGAGAGUGUGAAAUUCAUGGCCAGAGAGAUCAAUGUGCUCAGAAAACUUGACCAUCCCAAUGUGAUUAAGCUUGAAGGGUUAGUCACUUCAAGAAUGUCCUGCAGCCUCUACUUGGUUUUCGAGUAUAUGGAGCACGAUCUCUCGGGCCUCGCCGCCACCUCCGGGGUGAAAUUCACCGAGCCUCAGGUCAAGUGCUAUAUGAAACAACUGCUGUCUGGGCUUGAGCAUUGUCACAACCAUGGUGUCUUACACCGGGAUAUCAAGGGUUCCAAUCUGUUAAUUGACGACGAAGGAAUUUUAAAAAUAGCUGAUUUUGGAUUGGCUACAUUUUUUGAUCCUGAGAAGAGGCAAUCCAUGACUAGUCGAGUUGUCACUCUCUGGUACCGCCCGCCUGAACUUCUUCUUGGGGCCACUUUCUACGGAGUUGGAGUUGACCUUUGGAGCGCUGGUUGCAUCUUGGCAGAGUUACUUUCCGGGAAGCCUGUUAUGCCAGGACGGACAGAGGUUGAACAACUGCAUAAGAUAUUUAAGUUAUGUGGCUCCCCCUCUGAGGAAUACUGGAAAAAAUAUAAAUUGCCAAAUGCAACACUUUUUAAGCCACAGCAGCCAUACAAGCGUUGUGUAGGGGAAACAUUCAAGGAUUUCCCACCUUCUUCUCUACCUUUAGUUGAAUCUCUUCUGUCACUAGAUCCUGAUGGACGAGGCACUGCCACCGCUGCUCUAAAUAGUGAAUACUUUACUACCGAACCUUUUGCUUGUGAGCCAUCAAGUCUACCAAAAUAUCCCCCCGCCAAAGAAAUGGAUGUAAAGUUACGAGAUGAAGAAGCUAGAAGACAAAGAGGUCUAAGUGGGAAACAAAAUGCUGCUGAAGGUCCCAGGAGAGUUAAAGCUCGUGAUCGAGUAGGUCGGGCAAUUCCAGCUCCAGAAGCUAAUGCAGAGGCUCAAGGAAACGUAGAUAGGUGGAGAGUGAAGACACAAGCAAAUGCCAAGAGCAAGAGUGAGAAAUUCCCACCCCCACAUCAGGAUGGUGCCGUCGGAUACCCACAAGAUGCGUCACAUAAAGGCCCGCUCUCAUUUCUCACGACGGAUGCUUCAUUUGGAUCAACAAUUUUCAACACAAAAUCUUCAUCAUCUGUUAAAAGCAUGGGAGCAGUUGGAGGGCCUUCAAGGAGAAAGAAAACAAAUAGAGAGGACCCGUUGGCAGCUCCACCUCGGAAGUUCAUCCAAGCGUUCAACCCUUCCUCGAUAGGGCUAUCGAUGAAUUUAUUGUUCAAGAGUAAAUAAUCGAUUCCAGGGGUUUUUUUUGAAAGCUUAAGGUAGAGAAAGUAUCAUUUCUGUCAAUCUUUUUUUUUUGCCCCAAUGAAAUUAGGUUUCUCUGUCGAGCUUAACUUGGUUUUUCGGAUUGCAAUCUUUUUUGUUUUCUCCAUUAAUUGUUCCCAUUUGUUGUAAUAUAAACCCUUAUAAGCGUUUCGUUGUAUAUUCCACACAACCGAAACACCGGAAAGGAGAGUUCCACUUCUUCUGUACAGUAUUUAAUAUCAAGUGCUUUUCUUUUUGACAUUGAUA